AUGUCUUCUCAAUCAAUGUUCUUAACAGGACCCAGGACAGUGAUCCACCCUAAAGCACGAAUUAUCGCGGAAGCUGGGCCAAUAGUGAUCGGUGAAGGUAACCUCAUAGAAGAACAGGCCCUUAUCAUAAAUGCGUGCACCUACCUCCUAGAUUCCCAAGCCAUGAAGAUGGGAGAUAAUAAUGUCAUUGAAUCAAAAGCAUAUGUAGGCAGAAAUGUGAUAUUGACAAGUGGUUGCAUCAUUGGGGCUUGUUGCAACUUAAAUACUUUUGAAGUCAUCCCCGAGAAUACGGUGAUCUAUGGUGCAGACUGCCUUCGUCGGGUGCAGACUGAACGACCACAGCCCCAGACACUACAGCUGGAUUUCUUGAUGAAAAUCUUGCCAAAUUACCACCACCUAAAGAAGACUAUGAAAGGAAGCUCAACUCCAGUUAAGAACUGAGAACGAUGUAUGAUGUCAAGAUAAUAUUUCGUCUUUGACCACUGUCUUUUGAAAGGGCCACAGUGUUUGUGUACUCUUCGCAGCUCACGGAACAGUACAUGUUGACUUUAUUUUGUAAAGUUGAGUUAGAGAGGAAAGUCAUGGAUUUUCAUUGUAACAAUCCUCUAUAAUUUAUAUAAAAUGUUAUUAUUUUCCUAUAUCCUUGCUUCUUUUCUGAUAACUUACAAAUUUAGGUUUUCUUUUGCUAUAUAUAUACUGUUAGCCACAAACUUUAGUUGUGUAAAAGACUACCUGUGAUAGGAAAGGGCAUAUUGUUUUGUAUUUAUAUUCUAGCAUAUUCUAAACUAAAUAAAAAUGUUGAUGACAGGA